AUGGCUCCUGCACCCAACUCUGUCGAUGACUUCACGUUCAUCAUGACAUGCCUCAAGCAUGCAGAUGGGAAGCCCAAGAUCAACUUUGAGGAGGUCGCAAAGGAGACGGGUGCGAAGGGCGAGAGCGCAUGCUAUCAUCGACACUGGCAAAUCAUGAAGAAAUGGGGUCUUGCGGGGACUCGUGGAAAGGGCCGUAAUCCAGCUUCAGCUGCGUCAACCAAGGCUACAGCAUCACGAAAGCGCAAGCCAAAGAAUGAGGCUGACAGUGAUGGAGGCCCACCCGCCAAGAAGGGCAAAUCCCCUCUGAGCAAGAAAGCCAUGCAGCCAAAGGUGGAGGAAACCGACUCUGAGGACGAAGAGAGUGAGGAAGAAAAGCAUAUUGUCGGUGCCAAAGUCGAAGAGGGGCUCGAAUAA